CAGAAACUUCUAUGCAGACACAUAGCGAAACUUUGGAAGUUUGUAUAACGAAAACAUUGGAGGCAAUGAGCUGUAAUCGAUUCUGUAAAAACCUGUUUUAUCUCAAAAGAAUACAGAACCAGUACGGACACAAUGAAAAAAUUGUUUUAUCUUAAACAAAACAGCAGUGAAAGUUUGCUUUUGUAUGAUCACAUGGAGAUCAAACCCUCCGGACUUCAUCAGCUGCAGGAUGUUAAGAAUGAACCCGCAGAUGUCCAGCAGCUGUUUGUGAUUAAAGAAGAGGUUCCCGGGAACUCCAGUCUGAAACAGCAGAGCCCAGGGUCACUCCAGAUAAAGGAGGAAGAGGAGGAACUCGGGAUCAGUCAGGAGGGAAAGAGGUUUUAUGGUCAGGAGGAGGCUGAUGGCAGCAGAUUCAAUGAUUCUGUAAAGAGUGAAGAAAAUGAAGAGAAACCUCAGCUUCAUCAAAUCAAAACUGAAGACAACAGAGAGACAGAAGCUCCAACCUGCAGCUCAGCAACACAGAUGAAAAGAGAACCUGAUGGAGAGGACUGUAAAGGACCAGAACCACACAGGAAUCCAAGUCCAGAUAGUCAUUCACAACCACAUCUAGAUGAAAAAGCUUCAGAGACCAGCGGUCAUGAUGAUGAUUGGAAUGCAGUGUCUUUAGGUUCAGAAUGUGAAAAUGCAGACAGUGACAAUGAUUUGAGGCCAAUAUCAGUCACUGAAACUGCCAAAAAAUCCUUCGGAUGCUCAGAGUGUGGUAAACAAUUAGUCUCCAAACAGUCUCUUCAGAAACACAUAGUGCUCCAUUUAAAAAAGGUUUCUUCCAGCUCUCAGGUUGACGAACGUUGUAGAGAGAAACCAAAAAGGAAACCACAAAGAAAAAGUCAAACUGCUGAGAAACCGUUUCCUUGUAGUGAUUGUGGCAAAAAGUUCAGACGUAAGGCUGACCUUAAAUGUCACAUGUCGAUUCACACUGGGGAGAGACCGUUUCCUUGUAGUGAUUGUGGCAAAAACUUUAGACGUAAGGCUGACCUUAAAUGUCACGUGUCGAUUCACAGUGGGGAGAAACAGUUUCCUUGUAGUGUUUGUGGCAGAAAGUUUAGACGUAAGGGUGACCUUAAAUAUCACGUGUUGAUUCACACUGGGGAGAAUCUGUUUCCUUGUAGUGAUUGUGGCAAAACGUGUAGAUCUAAGAGUCACCUUAAAUAUCACAUGUUGAUUCACACUGGGGAGAAACCGUUUCCUUGUAGUGAUUGUGGCAGAAAGUUUAAACGUGAGUGUGACCUUAAAUCUCACAUGCUUAUUCACACUGGGGAGAAACCGUUUCCUUGUAGUGAUUGUGGCAAAAGGUUUAGAUCUAAGAAGGCGCUUCAAUAUCAUAUGGGGGAACACACUGGGGAGAAACCGUUUCCUUGUAAUGAUUGUGGUAAAGAGUUUAGAUGUAGGAGUCAGCUUAAAUAUCACAUGUUGAGUCACACUGGGGAGAAACCGUUUUCUUGUAGCAUUUGUGGUAAAGAGUUUAGAUCGAAGGGUCACCUUCAAUAUCACAUGUGGGACCACACUGCUGAGAAACCAUUCACUUGUAGUGAUUGUGGCAAAAAGUUUAGAUCUAAGAGUCACUUUAAAUAUCACAUGUUGAUUCACACUGGGGAGAUUCCGUUUCCUUGUAGUGAUUGUGGCAAAAAGUUUAGAUCUAAGAAGGCGUUUCAAUAUCAUAUGAGGGAACACACUGCUGAGAAACAGUUUACUUGUAGUAAUUGUGGCAAAGAGUUCAGAUCUAGGAGUCUACUUAAUAGACACAUCGCAAUCCACACUAGAGGGAAACCUUUUGUUUGUAAUGAUUGUGGUGAAGCAUUCAGCUCUUCAGCUGUACUGGCUUAUCACAUGCGAUACCACAGAGCAGAGAGACCAGUAGUUUAUGUCAGUCAACAUUUUUUCUUCCUGCAGACCUGAAGAAACACAUGACAAUUCAUUAGGAGAAAAAUCGUUUGCUUGCAACAAAUGUGAUAGACGAUUUCGACUUUGGGGCGAUAUUCGAGUGCACACGAUUGUCCACUCAAAAGUGAAAUGCAGGGCUUCAAGUAUUCCGGCACCGUGCCGGAUCUCCAGCUUUUUACUAUGAUUCAGGAAAAAAAACUUAAUUAUGGGUAUAGUGGUUGAGACUCUGAACUGAACAAUAUUAUUUUACCAAAUGUCUUUUUUUGCAUGAUUAAUUUUGUUCUUCCAUAAAAAUGUAAAAAAAUAAAAAUAAUAAAAUUAGCCUUAUACUGGUUUCUGAAAUGUAUAGUGUGUAGCUAUCACUGAUUUAAAUGUCUCCUAGUGACAGGGACCACUCAUCACAGUGGUCUGGAUCCGUGUCGUUCAGACUGUAAUGAAAAGAUCAGAUACAGGUCACAUAGGGCCAGAAAAAUCGGAUUUGGGUCAUUUCAGCCUGCAGUCUGAACCUAGCCUAAUAAGAUGCUGCACACUCUGAUUGUGAUUUAUUCAUCACUGGAUUUUGUAAGCUAUUGUUAUUUGAUGGUAUAAUUAAUUCUUUAUCUUUCCUGAAAAGCCUGAAAGACCCACUCUGUAACGUUUCAUCAUUAAAACUACAUUCCAAACUUG